AUGCGCUCUUCUCGGAAGCGAGGAUUGCUGCCAUCGCUCCGGCCGCUUCCCAGCCUGCCACCGUGCUGCUGCCAGCAUUUUCGAGUAGCCUAACAUUAGACCUUCGCAUAACGGCUCUCUCGGACUGUGGAAGGCCUCUUAGGUUCUUAGGAUCCACCGGCCCUCUUCUCCCGUCGGAUCUCUAUCCACGUGACAGUUUAGUAUUCCAGUGUAACGCGUGACCAGGUAGCAAAUAUGGAUGAGGAGUAUGAUUGCAUCGUACUCGGCACUGGCCUCACGGAAUGCAUCAUCAGUGGGAUGCUGUCGGUGUCGGGUAAGAAGGUGCUUCACAUGGAUAGAAACAAGUAUUAUGGAGGAGAGUCAGCUUCCAUUACACCACUUGAGGACCUCUUCUCCCAAUUUGGUCUUCCUGAACCAGAUGGUUCUUAUGGGAGAGGAAGGGAUUGGAAUGUGGAUUUGAUCCCCAAGUUUUUGAUGGCAAAUGGGCAGCUCGUGAAGCUACUCAUCCAUACAGGAGUCACUCGUUACUUGGAAUUCAAGAGUGUGGAAGGGAGCUAUGUGCUAGGAAAGGGAGGGUCCAAGCUUUCUAAAGUCCCAGCUGAUGAACGAGAAGCUUUAGCUUCUGAUCUCAUGGGCAUGUUUGAGAAACGACGUUUUAAGAACUUCCUCGUCUUUGCACAAGACUUCAAUCUGGAAGAUCGGAGGACUUGGAAGGACAUUGACCCUCACAAUACUACCAUGCGGGAUGUGUAUGCCAAAUUCAACCUGGAUCAGAACACUCAAGAUUUCACUGGUCAUGCUCUGGCACUCCAUAGGGAUGAUGAGUACUUGAACAAGCCAGCAUAUGAUACAAUAAUGAGAAUAAAGCUGUACAGUGAGUCUCUGAUGAGGUAUGGAAAGUCUCCUUAUCUGUAUCCUCUGUAUGGACUUGGUGAACUCCCACAAGGCUUUGCCAGGCUGAGUGCAAUUUAUGGGGGCACUUACAUGUUGGAUAAGCCUGCAGAUGAAAUUGUGAUGGAAGAUGGGCAUGUUGUUGGGGUGCGAUGUGAGAAAGAGAUUGCCAGAUGCAAGCAGGUCUACUGUGACCCUUCAUAUGUACCUGAUAAGGUGAAGAAGGUUGGUCAAGUUAUGCGUUGCAUCUGCCUCCUGGACCACCCGAUCCCAGGGACAAAGGAUGCCCUCUCGUGUCAGAUCAUCAUUCCCCAGAAGCAGGUGGGGCGUAACUCAGACAUCUACGUCUCCCUCGUCUCAUACACUCAUAACGUGGCUGCCAAAGGCUGGUUCGUUGCCAUGGUUUCCACCACAGUGGAAACCAAUCGUCCAGAGGAUGAAAUAAAACCUGGUCUUGCCCUUCUUGGCCCCAUUAAACAGAAGAUCAUGAAGGUGUAUGAUGUCUACCAGCCACUUGAGGAUGGCCUGAAGUCCCAGGUCUUCGUUUCAAAAAGCUAUGAUGCCACAAGUCAUUUUGAGACCACUUGCUUGGACGUCUUGGACAUCUUCAAGCGGGGAACUGGGCAGGAAUUCGAUUUCUCAAAAGUUCGACACGAUCAGGGUGACGAGGAUUAAUCUCUCCCCUCCUUUGCUAUAUCCUCUUUACCCCUUGAAGCCAAUUAAUGAAAUCUGAUAUUCGUAUGUCUGUGCUUUAUCUUGCUUUCAUUGUCCAACAGGAUGAGGCCCAUGCAGGGAUGGCAUGCAUUUCUAGAGCUUUUGCCCCCAUUCAUUUUUUUUUUUCAAUAUGAUGUCAUUGGUCUUUCCACCAUUAAGUCAAUUUCUGUCUGUUAUCCCAUAAAAAAAAGUUUGUUAUAUGGUAAGCAUUGACGUACACUGCCUUGUGUCUGUGAAGGUAUUCUCUGCCCGGUGCCCACAGAGAAAAAAAAAAGAAGACUUUGGUCUUGUCUCAUAAUCUGAUUCCCUUUCAUAUGUCAUAGUGAUGGGUUAAAAGUAGAUCAUCUAAGAUUAUUUUGCAUGUUGCUCAAGGUGUAUAGAGGCUGGAUUUUGUUCAAAGACACUCAUCUUUUUUCUGCACUCGGUCUGGGUUCUCUGACCAACAAUAUGGGAUUGAAGGAAAGAAAUGCAUAUGUGCUUGUUAGAGAAAAAGACAAUGCUGCUGAUGGCUAUGUGCAUUUGCAUUGUCUUUAUGGGAUUUUGGUUUACAGCAAGCCAUUUUCCAUGUUGAAAUGGAUUACAUCAUUGUGUGAAAUGCCCUUCAUUGGGGAUAUGAUCAUAAGGUGAUCAAAAUGAAGUUUAUUUGCAUUCCACCUGAAUAAAAUGGCUCCUUGGAGG